CCCGUCGCACAGCUCCGUCCUCACUCCUGCCCUCCCCGUCCACCUGUCAGUCCUGCUUGCCCGUCUGAAGGGCCACUCCACAAGGACCCAAGGGAGAAGCUCAAGUCCAAAGUUGUCCAACUCUAGAGGAGUAUCUGGCCCAGGUGUGGAGUUUUCUGCCUCUCUGCACUGUGAAAAAGGAAUUCGGCUCCCCACAGAAGACUCUGGAUUUCUGGCAUUGAAGCCCUACUAUGACAUCAGUUGCCAAGGUAUAUUACAGUCAGACCACUCAGACAGAAAGCCGGCCCCUAAUGGGCCCAGGGAUACGACGGCGGAGAGUUCUGACAAAAGAUGGUCGCAGCAAUGUGAGAAUGGAGCACAUUGCUGACAAGCGCUUCCUCUACCUCAAGGACCUGUGGACAACCUUCAUCGACAUGCAGUGGCGCUACAAGCUUCUGCUCUUCUCUGCGACUUUUGCAGGCACCUGGUUCCUCUUUGGUGUGGUGUGGUAUCUGGUAGCUGUGGCCCAUGGGGACUUGCUGGAGCUGGGUCCCCCGGCUAACCAUACCCCCUGUGUGGUACAGGUACACACACUCACUGGGGCCUUCCUCUUCUCCCUUGAAUCCCAGACCACCAUUGGUUACGGCUUCCGCUAUAUCAGUGAGGAGUGUCCACUGGCCAUCGUACUUCUGAUUGCCCAGCUGGUGCUCACCACCAUCCUGGAAAUCUUCAUCACAGGUACCUUCUUGGCGAAGAUUGCUCGGCCUAAGAAACGGGCUGAGACUAUCCGUUUCAGCCAGCAUGCAGUUGUAGCUGCCCACAACGGGAAGCCCUGCCUUAUGAUUCGAGUUGCCAAUAUGCGUAAGAGCCUCCUCAUUGGCUGUCAGGUGACAGGCAAACUGCUUCAGACCCACCAGACCAAAGAGGGUGAGAACAUCCGGCUCAACCAGGUCAAUGUGACUUUCCAAGUAGACACGGCUUCUGACAGUCCCUUCCUCAUUCUACCACUUACCUUCUACCAUGUGGUAGAUGAGACCAGUCCCUUAAAAGACCUCCCCCUACGCAGUGGUGAAGGUGACUUCGAGCUGGUGCUGAUACUAAGUGGAACAGUGGAAUCCACCAGUGCCACCUGCCAAGUGCGCACUUCCUACUUGCCAGAGGAGAUCCUUUGGGGCUAUGAGUUCACACCUGCCAUCUCACUGUCAGCCAGUGGCAAAUACAUAGCUGACUUCAGCCUUUUUGACCAAGUUGUGAAAGUGGCCCCUCCUAGUGGCCUACAUGACAGCACUGUACGCUACGGAGAUCCCGAAAAGCUCAAGCUGGAGGAAUCAUUCAGGGAACAAGCUGAGAAGGAGGGCGGUGCCCUUAGUGUGCGCAUCAGCAAUGUCUGAUUGCUUGGUUUCCCAUCUACCUAUCCCUCUGGUCUCGCUUUCUUUAUUGGCAAGCUGGGUGAUGAUAUUACCCAGGCUUACUGGAGAGUUCCAGAAACACCCAUUCCCACUCCCUCUCCUUUAAUCCAGUGGCCUGUGGGAAGUCUAGGCCAACUGGAGUCCAAGUUUUCUUCCCAUCCUCCUCUUUCACCUCACCCCACUUCCACCACAUUAUACAACACCCCUACCCUUAAGCCAGGAUGGGGGAAGGAGAGGGGAGAUUAGGCUGAAAGGCUUGGAGGCCGCAGCCAUGGUUGGAGGCUCAUAUUAGGAGGACCAUGCAGUUGGAUGGAUUGACUCUCCCCCACCUCCCACCACCACUCGAAAGUUUGGUGAUUUGAGGCUGGAAUCCCCUCCCUCUCUAACUUUCUAACUAGUAAGUUCCCUAAGGCAAUCCCUCUGAUGAUCCCCUUAGGGUCUGUGUCCUCAGAAAUAUAGGAAUCUGGAAUCAAUUUACACUGAAGUCUCUACCAACCUGUUGAAAGAAGUCAUGGUUUUUCAUGUGAAUUUCUAUUGGUAACUCCUGACUUAACUUAGGACCUUGGUCACCACUAUUUUCCUCUUUGUAGUUUCUAAAGCGGACCAUCAGGAUACUCAGUUCUGUCAUUGAUGCCUCUGCUCACAGAGAAUUGGAUUGACCCAGGAAAUAGAAAACCUAGUCACAGCCACCACACCUGUACCCAUCCUGGAUUCUGAACUCUUCAUUGUGGAAUGACAACUGCAGAGCUAUUGUCCAAAUCCCUGAACCUGUCCUCCAGGUCACCCUGGGAGGAUUGGCUUCCCAGUGUCCUAUGAAUGGGAUGCCCCUCACCAAUGUGUUCCCUGAAAAAAAGUCCAGCACCUAGCCCCCACGGAAAGGCCUAGAAAUGCCAUCCCAGAUUACCCUGCCUUUGGCUUCCCUCCUUUCCUGCCCAGCCCACUGUUCCCUUAACCCCAAAAGAGGAAGCGGGGGAAAUGCAAGGGUCUCCCUCUCUUAACACUCAUGUUUGACUAAAACUAGACUCACAGAGCGCAGAGUUCCCAGGAAAGCUAAACCAACCAGACCAAGUAGGAUGAGUAAAUUCUCAGAUUUCCAGGCUGUUAUAUAGAGCCUCUGGGAAUUGGGGAUGCUUUGUUAAGUUUUGGGCAGAGUCACAACUCUGUGGCUGGCAGACACUAUUCUCCCUGUUACCCCUCCCAGUGUCCUUCUGAAAAGUGCCAGCUAUUUCACUAGGCAAUGCUGGGAGGAAAGGAAAUUAUACCUACUGAUCAAAUAACCAUGGUCUCCCUUACCAUCCCUGAGAUUUGGUAUAAAAUGAAUAUCAGUCUCAUUUCUGCUUUCCUUUGCCAUGAGGCCAGUUUCAGGCAAGUUAAAGGGCUUACUUUAAGAGAUCAGACUCAGGCCAUUCUUUGUUCCCUGGUGGGGACUGCAGUAGAGGUCAGGAAGGGCAUAUGGGCACCAGAACUUUUUCUAAUACUUCAAAUCCCAAGAAUGCUUCCUGGUCCUAUUUAGGUACCAAGGGGCCCUCCACCCACACCCCAGAGUGGUUGGGUAUAGAGUCCCUAUAUGAAUCAAGUGGCAGUUUGUUUACGGUGAACUCAGCCAAUUGUUGCUAACUGUACACUUCUACAGAAUAUGUAUAUGCAUAUACUCAUUCUGCAUGCAGAGCCUUGCAGAGAAACUCAUGAAGUUUUGAGGCUGGACUCAUGGUCACCACUUACAAUUGCACAAGAUCCUCUUACAUUGAUCGCUCCUUGAACUCUAAAUUAUAUCUUGAAGACACUUAGUUCUCCAUUUAUGGUAAACCCCACCAUUACUCCCUUGCUCUUAAGAAAGCAAGAACCAGAAAAACUUGAAAAUCUGAAACAGAAUAAAACAUAAAGAGCCAGCUUCUGGGCUCUCACCUUU